AUGAAUGCAGCAAAACGUGGAAGGUUAGGUAAUGCACUACCAACACUGAAAUGGAAGAAAGUAGUAAACACAACGGGCCCUACCCCACGACCGCGCCACGGUCAUCGAGCAGUUUCGAUUAAAGAUCUGAUGAUAGUUUUUGGUGGAGGCAAUGAAGGUAUCGUCGAUGAGCUACACGUGUAUAAUACAGCAACAAAUCAAUGGUUUGUUCCGGCUGUCAAAGGUGAAGUACCAGCUGGAUGUGCAGCCUAUGGCAUUGUUUGUGACGGUACUAAAAUUUAUCUCUUUGGCGGUAUGGUUGAAUAUGGAAGAUAUUCCGCAGACCUUUAUGAACUUCAAGCUAGUAAAUGGGAAUGGAAACGCUUACGACCGUGGCCACCAAAAACUGGACAACCUGCUCCAUGUGCUCGUUUGGGUCAUUCUUUCACGCUUGCUUCGAAUCAGGUUUGUUAUAUAUUUGGCGGUUUGGCUAAUGCUAGUGACGACCCGAAAAAUAAUGUUCCACGCUACUUGAAUGAUUUGUAUGUUUUGGACCUCAAUAAAGCAAAUAAUCUGCAGUGGGAAUUUCCUGAUACAUAUGGGUCUCCUCCGCCUCCACGUGAAUCACAUUCUGCAGUCAUAGUGGAAAAUAAUGGUGAACAUCGAAGAAUGAUAAUCUUUGGUGGUAUGAAUGGCUGUCGUCUUGGUGAUUUGUGGUUUUUAGAUCUUAUCUCAAUGACAUGGACGAAGCCUGAAAUUGGUGGUAUUCCACCUCUACCACGUUCACUUCAUUCUGCUAAUAUCAUUGCUGAAAGAAUGAUAGUAUUCGGCGGGUGGGUGCCUCUUUUAACUCCCGAUACGAAACUACAGCAGGUCGAAAAAGAAUGGAAAUGCACAAACACACUCGCUUCCUUGAACUUACAUACAAUGUGCUGGGAGGAUCUAUCGUUAGAACUUCUUGAAUCCGCGGUACCCAGAGCUCGAGCAGGACACAGUGCAGUUGUUAUUAAUAAACGUUUGUAUAUUUGGUCUGGAAGAGAUGGUUAUCGUAAAGCUUGGAAUAAUCAGGUUUGUUGUAAAGAUAUGUGGUAUCUGGAAACAGAUAAACCUGAUGCACCUGGACGUGUGCAGCUUAUUCGUGCUACAGUAUCGGGUUUGGAAGUAUGUUGGAAUGCUGUACCUACAGCUGAAGCAUACUUUUUGCAGUUACGUAAAUUUGAGACAAAACCUGAUGACAUUAUCAAAUCAGCAUCCAGUCUUCGUGUGGCUGCAACAGGGAAACCGUUGGCAGGGAAAGUAAUCGCAAUUCGGAGUGGUACGGCUAGUGGACCGCAAGUUAUGAAAGUGGUCAGAAGUGCACCUCGUGGUGCAGCAGCUAUUAUGGGCCACGGUCCUCGCGGACAUUUUCUCCGCGUUUUACCUACGCCAAGGCUUACCACUUCAAAUCAGGCGGCUGUUGUCAAACAUCCAGCUGCAAAAGCGAUUCUAGUGACUAAGGCACCUGGAGCUGGCUGUACCGCACCACAUAAAUUAUUAUUCCUGCAGCAAGCGAAUUGUCCCACUGUAUCUGCCUCAAAUGUUAGUACUGGAGACAGUCCGCGACUGGAGGUUGUUGAAUCUGUGUCACCACACGUUGUUCAAUCGGGAAACAGCAGUGCAGAACCGGCGGCAAUUGCUACGGAACAUACACCAUCGAUUUCCACACAAGGAACAACAUAUACCACUCCAGUGAUGCCAAAUGUUGAUGUCGGCUUGCCACAAAAUCUUCUGGAUGAAACGGCUCCGGAUAGUGAGACCUGUAUUAUUCAAAAUGCUGAUGCAUCUGAACAACAUGUAAAGCAGUCAUCUGAUACUGCUACUGGUGCCUAUCGUUCAUCUGGAUUUAUUACACAAGAUACAAAGAAAACGAAUAUGUCACCACUGGGUACUGCUCAUAUGCAGACAGUUACUAAGGUUCAAUGUACGCAAUCUGGAGAUGCAGUAGCUUCAUCUAAAAUAAUACGACCAAAAACAAGUAUAAUAGCAAUAGCUCCUGCUCAUACUCAACUUAAAAUGCUCUCAUCUGACGUUACUCCGCGAAAAUCUCCCGUGGAAAAGGAUGUAAAGAAUAAAAAUGAAGCUAAUUCAGCAAGCAGUGCUGACAGUAAUAAACCUAACAAAACUGGAAUUGCAGCAGUGAUUGAAUGUAAAGAAGAAGAAACUGAUAGUAGGGAUAAAGACAACGUUGAAGUGGACGUUAUUAAGGAAAUGAAAGUUGAAGAUAUUAGUGAAGAUAAGGAAACUAAAAACGAUGUUCCUCUCGAUAAAAUGGAACAAAGCAGCAAUUUAGAUUCAUCACGUGAUAACAAAGAGCUACAAAUAGUUAACACCAGCAGCGAAGAACACUCACCAGAUAUUAAAGAAUCAGAGCCUUUAAAAUCGAUGUCGAUAGAAACUUCAAAUUUAGUGGAUUCGCCGAGUGUGAGCCAAUCUAUAACAGCAACAUCUGGUAUAGGUACUGAAAUAUUUGCUGAUGUGGGAAUAACUGUGAACACUGAUGACGGAGCAGUUGAGGUUCCAAAUGCAGCUGCCAUGAAAGAAUGUCCAUCUUUUACAGUUCUGAAAGUGGAAUCCGGUACUACACAAUCCAGUCGAUCUCAUCGUACUUCUCCAGAGUUAAAGGCAGAAUCAGAGUGGUACAACGUUGGAAUCAUUAAAGGAACAAGCCAUCUUGUAACACACUAUUUCUUGCCAUGUUCUGCAGGCAUGGAAGAUGCUUUCGGGGCAAGUUAUUUGAGAAAAGCUGAACUUGAAGCUGGAACUGCUUACCACUUCCGUGUUGCUGGCAUAAAUGCUUGCGGUCGAGGCAAUUGGUCGGAGGUAAACUGUUGUGUAACUGCUUUCAAAAACUCUCUUCCUGGUUAUCCCGGCGCUCCUUCCAAUAUUAAGGUGACAAAGAGUUCGGAAGGUGCACAUCUAACAUGGGAUCCACCUCAGAGCUCUAUUGGCAAGGUAACAGAGUAUAGUGUAUAUCUGGCUGUUCGUAACACUCAUGGUCGUGAAACUCAUCUUUCAUUCGUUCGCGUUUAUGUUGGUUCCGAUCCGUUUUGUGUUGUGUCGUUAGCCAAUCUGCAUACUGCGCAUAUCGAUAAGUCUUCAAAGCCAGCAAUUUUAUUUCGAAUUGCAGCACGUAAUGAAAAGGGUUAUGGACCUGCAACUCAAGUGCGGUGGUUGCAAGAGCGGCCUUUGCGUCCAGUAACUGUUAUUGGUGCAAGUGCAGGUAGUCAUCGUAAUCCACAGCAGCGAACAGCACCAGCGCAAACGAUACAAGUUCCUUACAAAAAACUUCGAUUUGGUCUUGACUGUGCAUAA